AUGGCGCCUGGUACAAGUAAGACAACACGGGACCAUAUGGCGCCUGGUACAAACAACUUAGUUGUCCCGACUCCAUCAAAAACGGCUUCAUGUUUGAGAGACAACCCUUUUGCCUCCCAAAUGAUGCAUCUCCUCCGGGAAACUAUUUCCUCGUAUACGCAGGACCGGAAGUUAGCCAUGGAGAAUCAGAAACUGAUUCGCCGAAUUGGCAAAAGGGGCCGGGGCCGCUGUCAAUUCAACAAUCCUUGUGGUAUAUGCGUCACGAAGUCAGGCGAUAUCGUUAUAGCUGAUACGGACAAUCACCGGAUACAGAUUUUCACAAGCGAGGGGAUCUUUAAAUCAAAUUUCGGGACCCGAGGAUGCAAGGUGGACCAGAUCAAUUUUCCUAUGUGUGUUGCCAUGACAACAGACGGACAUGUGGCCUUAACAGACAGUGUAAACGCAUGCGUGAAGAUAUUUUCUCUCCAAGGUCAGCUAGUGCAGGUGAUUGGGGACAACGAGAUUUUUGAUAUCCCGUAUGGCCUUGAUAUUUCUAAGGAUGGCGACCUGGCGGUAACCGACAUUUGUAAACAUUGUGUGACGGUAUUUCGAAAAGAUGGCUCCGUCAUUCAUGGGUUUGGUGAGUACGGAAGCGAUCACUAUGAGUUUGAUUACCCUUACUUCGUGUGCUUCGACAAAGAAAAACACAUCAUUGUAUCCGAUUCCGGAAACAGCUGCAUCAAAAUAUUCUCAUUUGAAGGAAGAGGUUUAAGAACUUUCAAACAAAACGAUUUUAAACUCAUGAAUGAAAGUUUUGUGUCCUUACAGGGAAUGUGUGUGGAUGCAGACGGAAACAUUCUUGUUAUAUGUAAUUCGACUGUGUAUCUGCUCGCGCGGAACGGGCGGUUAUGGGAGGUUUUGACGUCCAAGGAUGGACUAACCAAUCCGCGUUGUCUGGCGUUUGCUGCUCCUGGACGAUUAGUCCUUACAAACUGCGAUAAAAAACACGAGAUUUGUAUCUAUAAAUACCAUUAUGAUGAUUAUAAGUCGGUCAACUCGGUGCAGUUCUAUGCAAUUAAUGUUUAA